UUUGUGGGCAUCAUUUAUAUAAACUUUAAACUAAUAAAUAUUUAUUUUUUUUUAUAAGGAUCUCGAAGCUUUCGACCUGGAGGAUUUCAAGUACAAUGACGUUAACAUUACUGCCUUUGGUUUGGUGGACGUAGAAAGCCCGCGAUAUGAGGAAGUUAUCGAACAAAUGCAAAAGUUGCCUCAUAGCGGAUUAGACUUUAUCAAUGGUCAGCCAUACAUACAGACACAGUCAGCUUUAAUGUUUGAUUCUGUUUACACUUUUGCGGCUGCUCUAGUGGAGAUGAAUCGAAGUCAUUUAUUAACACCUCAUAACAUUUCUUGUGCGGCCGAAGAUCCCUGGGAUAAUGGACUAUCGCUUUACAACUACAUAAGUUCGGCUUCUAUCAAUGGUUUGACUGGACGCGUUAACUUUGCUGAGGGCCGUCGAAAUAAAUUUCAAAUUGAUUUACUUAAACUCAAGCGUGACAAGAUUCAAAAAGUUGGUUUCUGGAAGCCAGAAGUUGGAGUUAACAUUACUGAUCCGACUGCCUUCUAUGAUGUUCAUACCGCCAAUACUACUCUGGUUGUAAUGACGCGAGAAGAGAAACCUUAUGUAAUGGUUAAAAAUGGCGUUAAUAAAACUGGCAAUGUUCGUUUUGAAGGAUUUUGUAUCGAUUUACUAAAGGCUAUUGCUAAACAAGUUGGAUUUCAAUACAAAAUCGAAUUGGUCCCAGAUAAUAUGUAUGGGGUUUAUAAUCCAGAUACAAAUACUUGGAACGGCAUUGUUCGAGAGCUUAUGGAACGGCGGGCUGACCUGGCAGUCGCUUCGAUGACUAUAAAUUAUGCUCGUGAAAGCGUCAUCGAUUUUACUAAACCCUUCAUGAAUCUCGGGAUCGGGAUCUUAUUUAAGGUUCCUACCAGUCAGCCUACUCGUCUUUUUUCAUUCAUGAAUCCCUUGGCUAUGGAAAUUUGGUUGUAUGUACUUGCUGCUUACGUGCUCGUUUCGUUUACUUUAUUCGUGAUGGCCCGAUUUUCACCAUAUGAAUGGAAUAAUCCGCAUCCAUGUAUGAAAGAAACCGAUAUUGUGGAAAAUCAGUUUUCCGUGUCGAAUAGUUUUUGGUUCAUAACAGGCACCUUUCUACGACAAGGUUCCGGUUUGAAUCCAAAGGCAACAUCUACUCGAAUUGUUGGUGGCAUUUGGUGGUUUUUUACGCUGAUAAUCAUCUCGUCAUAUACGGCUAAUUUGGCUGCAUUCCUGACAGUGGAACGAAUGAUAACGCCAAUUGAAAGUGCUUCUGAUUUAGCAGAUCAAACGGACAUAUCGUAUGGAACCUUGGAAGGAGGAUCAACCAUGACAUUUUUUAGGGAUUCUAAAAUAAGUAUUUAUCAAAAAAUGUGGCAGUAUAUGGAAAAUCGAAGAGGAACAGUUUUUGUUAAGACUUACGAAAAUGGUAUAAAACGUGUUAUAGAAGGAAAUUACGCUUUCCUUAUGGAAUCUACAAUGCUUGAUUAUGCAGUGCAACGUGACUGUAACUUAACACAAAUCGGUGGACUUCUGGAUUCUAAAGGUUACGGCAUCGCCACUCCAAAAGGGUCGCCUUGGCGUGAUCCUUUGUCUCUCGCAAUCUUGGAACUUCAAGAAAAGGGAAUCAUACAGAUAUUAUAUGAUAAAUGGUGGAAAAAUACGGGUGAUGUUUGCAAUCGGGACGAGAAAAGUAAAGAAUCUAAAGCAAAUGCAUUGGGCGUGGAAAACAUAGGUGGCGUUUUCGUCGUAUUGCUUUGCGGUCUAGCUUUGGCAGUUGUCGUUGCCAUUUUAGAAUUUUGUUGGAAUUCCAAGAAGACAAUGCAGCUCGCUGAAAACCAAUCUUUGUGUUCUGAAAUGGCGGAAGAACUGAGGUAUGCCAUGCAUUGCCAUACAUCAAAACAGCGUCCAUCUCUAAACCGUAAGUGCGUCAAAUGUACACCGGAUUCUACGUAUGUGCCUGCCGAAUUGGGAAGCGGCAUCCCAAAUGCUAGUGGGGUGCACUACAAUUAUUUUAAUUAAGUAUUGAGUGAUUUGAAAUAAAAAUAUAAAAUUGUAUUAUUAUAAUUAUCUAAACGAAUGCGUUCAAUUAGUUAUUAAAUAAGCAGUGUGACCAGAUGAUCGCAAAAAGCGAAGAUAAUCCGUUUUUAAAAAAAGUUAGAAAAUAUUGUAUGCUAUGAAAUUUUAAGUCAAAAAGAAGUCAGUAUAUUCAUUCCUUAAAAACAUACAUACUUCAAUAUAUCGUCGCACGUAUGUAUGACGCUUACGAUAUUAUUUUACCCAAGCGACGAUAUGUAAAAAGAAGUUCAGUUUAGGAUAAGAAAAAAUGCAAAAUAUUUCAAUAUUUUCUACAUCAGGAUAGAGAAGUAGUACGCCAACAAAUCAAAUUGUAAAAAUAAGGUUUAAGGCAAAAUUCUUAGUAUUAUAUUUUAAAAAGCAAAAAAAAGCACUGUUAUUGUAAUAUUUCAACGGUAAAUAUUAGUUUCUAAAAAUAGUAAAGCUUUUUAGUAAGCCUAGGUACUUAGACUAAUAGUUCUGCAGCCGAACUCCAAAACUUCGAUUUCGCUAAAAUAUGCUAAAAUGCUAAAGCUAAAAUUGCAUCCGAAUUUUUAGUGAUCUCCAAAAAUUGCGAAUCUUUCCUCCCUGUCGCUUAAAAUUGCCUAGCCUAAAGUACUUUGUCCUGCCGCAAGUGGCGCUGUGCA